AUGUCAGAAGCUGCUGUAAGCCCAAAGAUAGCCAAAUACGUUGCGAAAUGGCACGCCAGAGGCCAGAAAAGGGUGACACCUGUGCAAGGCCAGGAACUGCGCUACCUGACGAUGGAGGGUGCAUCGCCCAAACAUCUGGGUGACAAACUCAAGUUGGCAACGGCAACGGUUAAUACGGCAAUUAAAAGGGUAGGACCAGGACCCGCGCUGAUAAGCACGAGCAAACUGUUCCAAGAGCUGGUGGCCUCAGAAGAGAUAUGGCAAGCAGUCGGCUGGGAUAGGGUCCUGCAUGGCUUGGUAGCUCAGUUGGUUAGAGCAUCCAGCCCGGAUAGUGGAAGGUCUCUGGUUCGAUCCCAGACCAGCGAUGGCAACCAGACCAACAGCGAGGAUUGGGAGGCGGAAGAAGCAUUGCUCAACAACAGACCGCCGUGGAAGGUGGCCUAUAACACGGGAGGAGCAAAGACACUGCAAGACGUGCUGGAGGCAACUGCGCCUCCCCUCAUUGCCCGUCUAGAUGAUAUCAUGGGCUGUGGGCCCUUAGGCAGUCUACGGCUUGCAAGAGGCAAGGGAGGAAGUGAGCAACUGGAUACAGGAGGAUGGCAAGCCAGAGCAGUUGCACGCGGUGGCCCGCGGCCUCGCGGUGCAGGGAUCACUCAGCGGAGUGACCUGGUGCAACUGGGCUGGAUGGGCGAGGAAUGGCUGGUGGGCCUCAUCAGCAUGCUGUUGCCGGAGAGGGAGCUCUUCUUGGUCGUACUUCAUAUCUGCGAGAAGAUCCUGGAGGAGGUGAAGGAGGUCUGGGAUGUGUGGUGCGCCAUGCCCGCGGCAGAACACGCGGACUACUUUGUCUACGAGUAG